AUGGCUUCAGUAACCGCAGUCGUGGUUUCCAAUUCCGCCAUAGCCAGGGAAAUGUUAAAAGAUAACGAGAUGAGUUUCGUCUCGAGGCCGGACAUCGGAUCGCCGGAAUACAAUAUAUACAAGGGCACCUCGUUCACGUUCGCGGAAUACGGGGCUUACUGGCGAUUCUUGAAGAAACUAUGCAUGACGGAGCUUCUUUCAGCUCCGCAAAUUGCCCGUUUUGCGCAUAUUCGGACGGAGGAGAGGAUGAAGCUGCUGGAAAAUCUUUUCCGGUGUUCGGAAGAAGGGAAAGUUUGUGAUCUCAGGAAGGAACUUACGAGGUUGACUAAUAAUAACAUAUGCAGGAUGGCUAUGAGUACUAGAUGUUCUGGAAGUGAUGAUGAAAGUGAGAAGGUGUUGAAGAUUGUGAAAGGGAUGGAAACAUUGGCACUGAAACUUAGUGUGGGCGAAUUGUCGACGGGUCCGUAUGCGAGCAAAUUUGAUUUAUUUGGAUAUGGGAGAAAGCUGAAGGAGUUGUUCUUGGAGUUUGAUGAAUUUGUGGAGAAGUUAAUUGUUCAACAUGAGCUGGAUUUGACGUCUGGUAAUAAGGACAGGAAGAAAGAUCUCAUGCAUAUUCUGUUGGAGAUUUGUAGGGAUGAAAAUGCUGAAAUGCAAUUGACCAGAACGCAAAUCAAGUCCUUUAUAUUGGAACUAUUUGUCGGGGCAACCAACACUACUAGUGUAGUAUUGGAAUGGACAAUGGCAGAAGUAAUAAACCAUCAAAGCAUCUUGAAGAAGCUCAGAGAAGAAAUCAAUGGAGUUGUAGGAAGUAAAAGGCUAGUCGAGGAAUCGGACAUUCCAAACCUUCCAUACUUGCAAGCAGUUGUUAAAGAAACUCUAAGGUUACAUCCUGCAGUACCACUACUAAUACGAAGAUGCGAUCAAGAUUGCAAGAUUAAUGAAAGAUUCACUAAAAAUCAUAAACAAUAUAGUCAGUAUCAGAUGGAUUUGAAAGGUCAGAAUUUCAGCCUUUUCCCUUUUGGAACUGGAAGAAGAGGUUGUCCUGGUGCUUCUCUUGCAUUAUCAGCCAUUCAAGUCCUUGUUGCGACACUUGUUCAGUGUUUUGACUUUGUGAUUGAAGGAGGGGAUAUGCUAAACAUGGAAGAAGGGACAGGUUUUUCUAGUGGCAUGGUUCAUCCGCUUCUUUGCCAUGUUACCAAUGUUGCACAGUUCAAUCCUUCAAAUCCAGUUUCGCUGAAGAGCUAG